ACUACCUUUGCCUCAUAAUUGAAUAUUAAAAAACUUUACAUGACAAUUACGACAAUGACAUUUGUGUUUUGAGUUUUGACAGUGAUAACAGAAGAAGGCGCGAAAUCGUCUAUUAAACAUUCUAUAAAAUUUUAACAAAUUUAUAAUGAUUAUUAACUGACUCCAUAUUAUAAAUGAAAAUAUCUAAGCUAAGCUUUAAAACAUUAUUUUUAGUAUAUUUUGCUUGCUUGUUACCUUGUUUUAAAUAUACGCGACUACAUUCGUAUGUGACUACACUAGUUGAUUACAAUGACUGAAAUCCUUAAUUUAAAUGAGGAUGUUUCUAGUGAGAGCUAUUUAAAAUCAGAUAUAAAUACCGAGAGACAAAUGAGCAAGUCCCCGACCCUUAUCCAUGACGAGGAAAAUUUUCAUGUAUCAAAAAAACGUAUUCAAACAUUUUACGAUGAUGAUAGCGACUUAGACAAGGAAAAUGAAGAAACUAAUAAAAGAAUCAACACAUCGAUUAAGAGUACUGAACAAGCUUCUGAUGAAGAAGAAGUAAUAAGCCUUCGUAAAAGUAAUAAGAAAAGGUCAAGAAUUAAAAGUAUCCAGAACUCUGAUAGUGAUAGUGAAAAUUCUUCUAGCGACCUUAAUCUGAAUGAAAAACCUAAUCAUUAUGAAUCGAUUAGAACGGAAAAUAAGAAAAAAACUCUCAAAGACAAAUUCAAAAGUUUGAUAUCCUCAAAAUCUAAAGAUACAGAGAAAGUAGCUCAUUCGGGUUUAAAUGAUUCUGGUGAAGUAGGUGAUAAUGCAUAUUGUAUUGAAAUAAAACAAAUAUUAAGAACAUCUGUGAACACAAUGAAAUCAAUAUGUGAUCCUGAUACAUCUGAUGAAGAUAGUGAUAGAGAAGAGAAAACAAUCAAAAAGGUACAAGGAUCCAAAAAAGUGAAAUCUACGUCACCAAAACCACAAAAGAUGUCUGCAAAACAAGCUAUUGAAAAUAUGCAGAAAAUAAAGAGUGAAUCAAAUCGAAUGUUGAGAGAGAAGGAGGUGUCAUUGCCGUAUCACAGACCAAAAGCUUUAUCUCUAAAAGAUAUUAUGAGCAGAAGAAAGCCUGCGGUUACAUCGGAUGGAAAGGCAUUGCCUAUUAAAAUGAAUGGUGAACAAUUAAAGCAAUAUGCUAUGAUGUUAGAACAAAGACAAAAAGAAGUUAUAGAACUUUGUAAAAGUGAUACAGAAGAUGAAGAGAAUGAGCAAGAGAUAGAGGAAACAGUUAAGAAUAAUCCUGUGUCGAGUUGCGAGAAUUACACUGAAUUUACAAAUAACUUUCAAAAUACUAUUGAUGAAAAAGAUAUAAAUAUUGAUAGUAAAGAAGAAAACAGCAAUGAUAAUAGUAAACAGAUUCAUUCAUCAGAUAAUGAAAACAUUCUAGAAAAAGAUAAUGAUUAUAAUCAUUCUCAAAAUAAUGAUGAAAUGCAAGUGGAUGAAAUUACAGAAGUUGGAAAUACUAUUGAUGAAAAAGAUAUAAAUAUUGAUAGUAAAGAAGAAAACAGCAAUGAUAAUAGUAAACAGAUUCAUUCAUCAGAUAAUGAAAACAUUCUAGAAAAAGAUAAUGAUUAUAAUCAUUCUCAAAAUAAUGAUGAAAUGCAAGUGGAUGAAAUUACAGAAGUUGGAAAUAGCUUAAAAGAAAAAUUAAAUAAAUCAAAUGAACCAGAAGUAAAUAACAGCAUAAGUGCGACAAAUGAAGAAGGUGUUCAUGAAAAUGAUGUUAUUAGUGACUGCUCACAUAUUAAUACAGAAAAUGAAAGUCAAGCUAUGGCUUUAAAUUUUGACUCUGAACAGGUUAGUUCUUUCAAUCUUAAAGAACUUAGUAAAGAAGAUCAGCUCAAUACCAAUGAACAACAUAAUAUUAGCAGCAAGGAUAAUGAUUCAUUUGAUGAUGAAUUGAAUUAUGACGAAGUGGACAAAUUUAUUGAAAAGGCUGAAAUGUUAGUUGAUAUAAAGGAAAAAUCUGAAGAAAUAUUAACCAUUAAUAGCAACUUAAAUCCUACUCCAAAAUUGACUGGAUGUCCGGGUUCAUUUAUAAAUUUGGAUGAUGGUGAUCCUUCAGAAUCUCGUAGGCUAAGUGGUGUGGAGAUUUUGAAGGAAAGAUUCACAUACUUUGCCAAGCUCAACUCUCUUGAAGAAAUGGAUAAAGAUAGAGAAAAAAAACAUAAACCAGGAACUCAGCAUUUAAAAUUAAAACAAGAAUUAGAACAACAAAUAUCUGAACAGAGAGCAAGUGAAUGGGAGAAACGACUUGAAGAAGAAAAACAACAGAAAUCUGAAGCAGAUGGAAAUUUGUCAGAUGAAGAUAUCGAAAAAAUGGAGGCCAAACUAGAAGCUAUUGAUGCAGAUCAUAAAUCUGAUACUGAGAGUUCUGAGAGUGAAGAAGAACCAAUUGAAGAUGACGUUGUUUUAAAAGAUAAACCAAAGAAACGUAAUCCGAUGGUUGAUGACGAAGCAGAAGAGUCUGAUUGCGAUGAUGUGUUCAGUGAUAAAGAAACUUCAAAUGCUGAGCUUGAGAAUAAAGAAAUAGAUUGCGAUGCAGAUUUAGAAGACUGUGAUGAUGAUUCAAGUGAUAGUUCAGAAUCAGAAGAAGAAGAAGAGCCUAAGCCUAGAAAGGGCCGCAUCUUGAAAGCAUUUGAAGAUUCAGAUGACGAAUCUGCUUCAAAUAAUCAAGAAUUGAAUAAUGUGGAAACCAAUGCUUCAUUGAAAGUAAUUGAAACUAUGGAUGACAACGAUAUUAUAAAAGAAAGCCAAGAUGAUGAUUUGCAAUUGGCUCAAGUAAAUAAAUCAUCGGAUGACUUAUUUUCGACACAAGAAUCGAAUAAUUUAGCAAUCUCCACAUUAAAUAAAAGCAAUGAAGAUGGAUCGAGUCCUGAUUUGGGCACUCAAUCAUUUUCAAUAAUGAAUUCAGUUGGAACAAAUCAUCAAACAUUGAAUCUGAAUUCGCCUGAUAAGAUCUCUGUUGUAUGUGAAACACAAGAGGAUGUAAACCUAGAUCACAUUGUUGGAAUGUGCUCUGGAAGCUUCUCCGAAAAUCUCGUGAGCUUACCAAACCCACCUCCCCUAUCGCAGUCUCAAGAAAUCGGGGAUGAUAUUGUUAAUUUAUGUACGGGAAAAUUUUACGACAAUCCAUUUGUAUCCCAAAUAGAUAAGGAAAUUACAAAUGAAAACAGUAUACAAGGAUCUGUUCUGAAAGAAAAUGACCAAUCUCAAGAAAUUGGUGAUGAUGUAGCGGCUCUUUGUACGGGAAAGUUUUACUAUAAUCCAAUGGUAGCACAAAAUAGUGACAGUGACAAAAUUUACAACGCUGAAGUUACGGAAUGCCCUGAACAAAAAGAAAAAGAAACAACUAUCUUAAAUUCAAUACUCGAUGAACUAGAUGAACCAGAAUUGGACGUUCCCAAACAGUAUAAAUAUUUUUCUAAUACCCAACCAAAGAAUAAAAUCAGCAUUGAUAAUAGUCAAUUGAAAAAAAAAUUCGUUAUAGACUCUGAUGAUGAAAAUGUUGAGCUGCCUGUCAAAAAAAAUAAAAAAUUAAAGAAACGGAAACCUGAAGCAAGAGCGCUCCAAAUUUCAGAUGAUGAAGAAGAUAUUGAAGAGGAUCAAGAUGAUUUUGAGUCAGAAAACGAGGAAGAAGAUAGAAUUGUAGAAUACGAUUCAGAAGAGAAUGAGGUAGAAGUCCAAUUAAAACCACUCAAGAAGAAAGAGAAAAGAGUUGGCGAGUUCUUCGAAAAUGAAGCUGAAUUGACUUCCGAAGAUGAAUGGGUGGGGUCGGGCGACGAGGACGAGAGGGGGCUGGACCGCAUGGAGCGGGAGGAAGGGGACGACGACAAGUUCCACCAGGGACAGCUGCAGAGGCAGCUUGGCCAGAUACACAUGCGUGAAGUUCUCGAUCAAGACAAACGUGAAGUGAGAUUGUUGCAAGAAUUGCUGUUUGAAGAUGGCGAUCUAGGGGAUGGGCAUCGACAGCGCAAGUUUCGGUGGAAAAAUGCAGACGGUGAAAUGGAACCAAGUACGAAUUCUGACGAAUUUGCCGACACUCAAGAAGACGAAUUCGAGUCUGAAGAGCAAUGGAGAAAACAGAGACAUGAAAGGGAAAUGUUCUUAAGAAACAUGCAAGAAAAAGAUCAAGAAAAUCUCGAUACAAGUAUAAAUAGAACGACAAUCAUCAAAGCGAACCUGAAUUCUCGUAGUAUGUCGACUUUGAUAUCUGAAACAAAAUCCAACUUGGUUGAGAAGAUGGACACGAUUGUACCGGAGAAAAAAACGACUAAAGAUAUACCUAGUCCAAAAAAGUCAUUUACUAUAUUCCAGCAAAACUAUCAUGGUUCUCUGCUGACCCGUGGCCGAGGCGCGCUCGCCCGUCUCGCAGCCCUGGCCACGCCACUCGCUACUGACAACGACGACGUGCCCAAAGUGAUAGCGUCUUCCAAUCGACGCAACUUUGUCUUCACAGCAGUCUCAAAUGAUAAAGAAACUAAGGUGACAAAGCGAAAGGCUGAUAAAAUUAACACACCAAGAUUAAUAAAGAAAAUGAAGACUGAAAAAACAGCUACGUAUAUUAAAAAUAGUUUAUUUGACCACUUGAAAACUUGAAUAGCCAAAUUUGUACAACACAACGACAACUUAUAAUUUUUAUUUAUGUAUAAGAUAAUAAAAACUAAAUUUUAUUCAAAUAAUUUUAGAAAAGUAUUAUAUAAU